ACUUUCUUCUUGACUUGAUGUCUUUCCUAGACAUAGCAUUCUUGCUUAGCGCCGACAAUGGAGACCAGCAUACCCGUAGCCCGGAGUAACAAGAAACGAGGGGCGGCGGGUGCCGCUCCUUAUGCUACCCCGUGCCACCUGAAUCCGCUUGAAGCCUUGGCGCACUUGGUGAACCCACACGGCGCCACCCACGACUCGCCAGUGCUGUUGCCAUUAGUACAACAGGUCGAGGCCUCUCCCACAACUGGAAUACACCAACUAUGCCCUCCGCUCUUCCAGUCGCAAACGAAGCCAGCGCGGCUGCCUCUGCCGAUUCCAGGCCGCACGGAGGUCGCCGCAGAGGCAGAAAGCAACAAGGAUACUAGGCGGGACUACGGGGUCCGUGUGGGAAAUGGCAAGCAGUCCGUCGCCAACUCGGAUGGAUGGCAGUGGCGAAAGUAUGGCGAGAAGCUCGUGAAAGGAAGCACCAACCCGCGGAGUUACUACAAGUGUAGCCACGCGUACUGCCCCGCAAAAAAGAUCGUGGAGUGUACAGAGAAGGGCGGCACCGUGGUUUCGACCAAGUACAUUGAGGAGCAUUGUCAUCCGGCACCGCUGACGUGCCGGCCAUCCCGCUUCAAGCCCAAGCAGAACGCCGAGCCCGUUCCGAUGGCCCCACCUCCCGUCCCCGUCACUGACACCUCGGCAAUGCCGGAUUACGCGCUGGGUGUGCCGGGCGUGUCGCUGUCCGCGCUGCAACCCCUAAGCAGCGAUGGCAUGCUGCCCAUCCCGGAGACCCUCCAACGCGGCUUUCCAGCGCCAAGCCAGGCUGACGGCAGUACGGCAGCUGAGCACGACGAGUACACGGACGUGAGCGGCCCGGAGCCCUCAGUCAUGCUGCACGACGUUCCGCAGUACGCGCGACCCAUGCAGGCGAGCGGCUUCCGCUCCAGCAUGCGGGAGAUCCAGGACUCGCCCAGCAAGCGUCUCGACGCGCUCGCAGCAUACGCGGAGGAGGCGCACCGGGAGUACCUGCUGCACAGCAACAGCCCGGAGCCGGCUCCCGCGUCCAAGCGCCAGCGGACGGAGGGCGCAGCGGGGCGAACCCGGCUGGGUGGCGAGGAGGAGGACGAACUGCCGCCCGUCUCGGGCGCGCAGCAGCUGGUUGACGUCGCUGACCUGGAGGACGGGUUCAGGUGGCGGAAGUACGGCGAGAAGCGGGUCAAGGGCAACGAGUACCCGCGCUCCUACUACAAGUGCACCUACCCGGGCUGCACGGUACGGAAGCACAUGGAGCGCCACCCCUUGUUGGACACCAAGUUUAUCGUCACGUACGAGGGGCAGCACGAGCACCCGGCACCGGACGCAGCGAGGCGGCGCAGGGCGAAGGCAGAGCUAGAGGAGGAGGAAGAGGGUGACCUGGGCGACGGUGAGGACAGCAGCCCGCAGCCCACUAGCCCACAGCCUGCCCAGGCGCCACUGCCGCACCCGAACGGUCAGGCCGAGGGCGCUGAAGCGGGGCAGCUGCCCCUGCAGCAGCAGGACAACUCCUUCCAGCAACCGCCGCUGCCGGCAGAGGUGCCGCUCCUGCAGUUCGCGCCUGAAGCUCUGGCUGGCGUGGGCCUGAGCGCCGACGCUUUGCAAAGCCUGGGGGCGCUGGGCGCAGUGGACGGCAACGGUGCUGCCCUUGCGUCCCUGUUACGGACCCACGCGCAGAUCGAUCUGGCGAUCGCAGCUCAAGCGCAGGCUAUGGACGCGGCGGCUGCUGGUUGGGACCCCCUUGCUUGCCUGGUUACCCCACGACCCAACGCGUCGCCGACGGGGUUUCCUUCCGUGCAAGCGCAAGCAGUGCCGUCGGCGGGGACGGGGCGGCAGGUCGUGCCAGGGCGGCCGCAAGCCAGGCAGCAGGUGGCAACAACAGAGGCGUAGCCAACGGUGUGCAGAGCUGCCGUUGAUUCUUAAUUCCUGACGCUGUUGGGGCGGUUUGUGACCGCCCUGUUUGCUGGCUGCUGGAGCAGGAUGCAAGGCAGAGGCGCAUAGUUCCGCUGGAGGGAUGGUGACAGUCAGCCGCGGGGCGGAUGUGUGAACCAGCUAUGCCGCGAGCUGCCAGGCACAGGGUUGUGUUGUUGCUUGAAUUGGGUUAUUGGGUGUGUCUGCAUGCAUGACGGCGUGUGUUUUGACCAGGUGUUGUUACGGCUGUGCGCAAUUCUAAAGCUUGAAGGUAGCUAAUCUCAUUUCAUGACCCAUGUGAUGCAUACUACUUCAUGCAUGUUGGACUUGUAGCGUUGGUUGAGCUUUGAGCAGGAGAACUUCCGUGGUCUUUGUAUGUUGUCGUACGCAGGCGCGGCGGGGUGUUGAACUGUGCCAAAGUGGUUGGGAUGGGUUUCUCGUCACUAUAAGGCAUGGACUAACUGUAUGUGUAUAUCUUGUUUCGCAUGGGCUUUUGUCAUAUAACCUCUUUAGGCCCGAGAAUGCUGCUUAAAAAGCUGCUAUCAGGGCAGAGCCAUUCGAGCUGUUAAGGGUGCAACCACAUGGCGCUUGCCCUUUUUAUGGCGUGACCCCUGCAGCGGCUGUCAUUGUCGCUGUGGUGCCAUGGAGGGAGUACCGGUAAACUAGACGUCUCCAGCUUUGCUAACAUAUCUGCAAUGAGCUAAGCCGCGUUUUGAGUUUUACGGGAUCCCCAGGGUUGCAUGUACGGACCUUAAUCCGCCCAGUUCUCACAAACCGAAAUAGUGGGUGGAUAUUGGGCCAGCAUGUCUACCUCCUAUUCAAGUAACAAGGGACCCGGUGACGACGGACAGCUUUCCCAACGUUUUCACAUACUGGCCGAGCAGACUCCCCAUCAUCACGUUCACCCUUCGCCCAAUAACUGAUAAAGCCAAUCAGUCUUUGUAAUUGUUUCUUCGCAAUGUCGAAGGUUUCUGGUCCUGGCUUAAAAGUGAG